AUGUCGCAAAACGGGCGCAUCGACGCACUCCUACUUCUCGCCCAAGCGCUGACCGCCUACCACGUCGCUGACGGCACUCCCGUCAUCCACAGCUUUUCACCCAAAUCUUCGCCGGCCACUGGAGGCACCCGGAUAAGCGUCCACGGACAGGGAUUUAUCAAGAGCGGAGUGCUACGAUCAAAGUGCCACUUUAGGACGUCGAAAAGCGCGCGUUUCAGCACGGACACGACGGUAAUUAACGAAACUUUUCUGCUCUGCUCUACACCUCCUGUGCCUUUCUUUGACGCAUCUGUUGCGUCGGUUGGCACGGUGGACUUCAGUGUGACGGCUGUGAACAAAUUUUCAAGCCCUCACGAUUUUGUUUUCUUCGAUUUCCGAAGAAUUUCGGUCAAGUCGAUGAGUCCUGUUGAAGGGGGCGUGUCCAGAAAGGGCGUGGUCACUAUAAGUGGAGAGGGUUUCUACCCGUCGGGAGAGACGGCGUGUUUGGCGAGCGGUGUGAGGUUGUCGAGUGCUGUCUUUCUCAAUAGUUCGGCUCUUCGAUGUGACAUUCCGCCCGUUUAUGUGUCGAUGCGAGUGUCAAUCAAGGUCUCGUUGAAUGGUGGAGAUUCGAGUGGGAUUAUACCUGCAAACGACUCGGUCACCACCCUGACGUUUUACUACGAUGCUCCACGAUUGCUCAGUGCCGUUUUUUCCGGAUCACUGUCUGAGAUAUCGCUGGAGUUCAACACGAAAGUCGAGAUCGGUGGUGAAGAUGAGACAAAUUCGGGUCGAAAUCCUGACUGCAAGACGAUUCUCGAUGAUCAAAGUUAUAGGUUAGUCGGAGGCGACAAUGCAUCGUGUCACUGGGCAACACAACAGCAGAGACGAGUCGUCGUCUCUCUUCCUUCAACAGCGAGAGUUCUUAUCGGAUCAACGUUGACUCUACGGGGUGAAAACGUGAGAGUUCGUUGGCAGUUGUUCUCUCGUCUUGCAAGAGGAAAUACGAUCGUGAUCGUUCCAUUCGACGUGCAACGUCCGGUUGCCAUCAUUGAAGGCCCGUCUCUCAUUCCGGUCUGUGGAAACGUGACGAUAACGGGAAGGAAUUCUCAAACAGUCGGAUAUGCACCACUCAAUUUCAAAUGGUGGAUCUCAAGCUAUGAUACUAAUGACGUACCCGAUUUGAGCAUAUACGACGUCAGCACGUUGGACGUUCCAUCUAAUUGGUUUAGAUCGAACGUAACGUAUGCAGUCCAUCUCAUUGUGAGCAGUCACCUCGGGUUUAUCAGCAAGGCGGCCAACUACACUUUAACAAAGGCCACAUCGUCUGUUCCGGUUAUCGAGAUACUUGGACCAUUAGAGAGAACUAUUUACUGCUCUGACGAUCUCUUCCUAGAGAGUGACGUCUCCUUGCCGUUGUGUAAUCAUCAGACAUCCAUUCGUGGCUAUCAAUGGAUACUGACGCUCAACAAUCAGUCAGUCCCGUUAGACUCGAUUAUUAGCAACACGUUAGUUCUUAGAAUCCCAUCUGGAACUCUUGCCUGUAAUCACGUAUACCACGCGUGGUUAUCCGUCCGCAGCUCGAAUCGUUUACAUCAAAGUGACCGCAUCACCGACUCCUCGUUGGUCAUCAUAGAAACCAGGGAGAAAGAACUAGAUGCACGUAUAGUGGGCGGUACUGCCUGGUCGAUAUCACAACUACAGGUGUUUCGUUUGGACGGUUCUCUCUCACUCGACCCGAACGGUGACGACGAUGCCAAUUAUGAGUGGGACUGUGUCAUAUACAAUACUACAUCACCAUGUGUUAACGCAUCGUCAGGUUAUGUGCUAAUGUUUCCAGACGACAGCUUCGCCUACGAUGAGCCUGUCGACCUCAAUCCUCAGCAAUCAUACACAAUCACUUUGAACUACACAAAGAUUGGCCGUCUGUUCAGCAUCUCACAAGCAGUCAUCACCAUCACUGACGACCCUGAAGAAGUCCCUGUAGUUGGCAUUGUCCCACCCGCUAACAUACAGUCCAUCAAUCCAUCAGAGCAGGUCACACUCCAAGCAUACGUUGACAGUUAUUUUAAUACGACAAUCAAAUGGUCAAGUCCGUCAGACCUUCCCGGAUACGGACGCCUCAAUAUGACCGAUCCGAAUGUAAUAUCAACUCCCAAUCAAUAUCAACUCGUUUCCAGUAUUUCCAAACUGUCAACAGAAAGUGGAGACCUUAGAAAAUAUCUUUUAGUCACCAGUGAAGACGACGACGAUUUACGAAGUGUUUACUUGUCUAUACUACCUGAUUCACUACGGCCUGGUAUUCCAUAUCGAUUUCGAGUGACAGCAACCAAUGAGUUUGGCUCAAAUUUUGCGGAAGUGACCAUCAAGACUGCUCCCGUUCCAUCAGGCUGUCACGUCAUCGUUGAGCCACCGAUAGGCCAAGCGCUUGACACAUUCGUGAUACAAGCCGUUGGAUGUGUGGUGGAGCCAACUCGAUAUCCGUUGAUCUAUCGUUAUGGCACAAAGAGAACGAACGACGACGAGAUUGAGUGGCUCGGUGGCGUAACAUACAGAAGCAGUCUGGCGUCUCUAUUGCCAGUCGGAAAUCGAGACGACGGAUUUGAAUUGUUGGUGUUUGCUCGGGUUGAAGACAAUCAAGGUGUGCAUCAGACGUUCUCAUCUACAGCCAUCAUCAACGACAGCAACUCGACUAAUCUCACUCUACACGAAGCACGAAUCGCGACCAAAGCGGCUACACACUGGCGUUCAGCUCUUCGUAGUCUACAGGCCGUUCUAUCAACGAUCAAUGCCGAUCCCACUCGAUUCGUACCAGAACAAGUUGAUUCGUUCAAGUCAGUGAGCGUCGGUGUUCUCAACGAUCUGUCCACUCAUUCGAUUCCAAGACAAAAGGGUGACCUAAUGCAACUGCUAGUAAUCCUACAAGAGUUGACCGAAAAAACUGACGCCAACAACGUGGCUGAUGCGAAUACUAAGACGGUAAUAUCUCUUGUGGAAUCCGCAGUGUCUGACGUCGUUAACUCAGACGUAGAGAAUCAUUUUGAUGCUGGUUUCUCGGCGCACGAAGGUGCACAGGUAUUGACCAUCUACAGCAAUCUGUUACCAGACGAACACAACGACGUCGUACAAAAUCAAGUAACAGAGAGUCUACGGCGAGUGGUAGACAAGGUGGGCUUCGGUAUGUGUAAACAACAGACGUACGGUAGCGUGAAGGAGUCGGCCGUGUUUGGUCUCGGUGCAUUGGAGACGUCGAUUUCAACACCACUUGGUCAACACCGCGUCGGCUGCUCUCUCGAAACAACAACUAACUGCAAUAUCAACGACGAUGACAACCUACUGGUUGACUACGAUUCAUCUCUUUCUCGUGGAUACUUAACCUGGAGUUGUCACAACAACGAAACGUGCAACGGUGUGUGCACUGUCUCUGCACACAUCACUGCAAAUCUCUUCCAGACUCCUUCCGUUCACGAUCCUGUUCACAAGAGUGACACCAUUUCGCUCUCUCUGCUCGAUCCAAAGUCAGGAGAAGAGCUGGAAAUCGGGAAUUUGGACGAGCCAGUUGUGUUUACUCUCAAGUUGACGGUGCCGAGCGAACGAAACGGGGAAGUACAAUGCGUGUAUAGAGACGAGGAGCUGGAUAGAAUGAGUACAGACGGAUGUGUCACUCGAUUGGAUGAUGGUGUAUCAGACACGGACGUAUUACCAAUCGGAUCACCUGUCUACUGCGAAUGCAACCACUUGAGUGUAUUCCUUGUUGUCGAGCAAUGUCCACCAGGUUUCUAUGGUAACCAGUGUGAACACAAAUGCCCGCAGGGUUUGUGGGGAAUUGAUUGUUCAAAGUCUUGCGAUUGCAACUCAAGGGGCCCUUGUUACCAUGUCGACGGGCAAUGCGACUGUCAGAGUGGAUGGAUAGGAGAACGUUGCGAUACAAGUUGUGUUGAAGGGUUUUGGGGCAAAAACUGCUCGACAGUUUGUGAUUGUCAGAAUGGAGCUGCGUGUUCCCCUGAAACUGGGACGUGUACGUGUGCAGAGGGUUGGAUGGGAGCAAACUGUAAUACGAGUUGUGCUGCUGGUUAUUAUGGUUUCCAGUGUCAGGAACAAUGUCAGUGUCAGAACGAUGCUAAUUGUUCUGCAGUUACAGGAAUGUGCACGUGUAGCCCAGGAUAUCAAGGCGAUUAUUGCUCAGAGAACUGUCACAAAGGGACAUACGGCAGUAUGUGUCAGAAUUGCUCAUGUCAUUCCAGUGGGACACUGACUUGUCAUCACGUAACAGGAGAAUGUACUUGCCGCGAGAAAUGGAACGGAACAUACUGUCAAAACGCGAUACCCGAGCCGUUUCCUCCUUCAGCAGAAUUUCCUAUAUGGACAAUUGCUGUUGUAUUGAUAAUAGUGAUUUUGGUGGUAGUUGGUAUUUUGUUGUAUUUCUAUUACCGGAAAAGAAAACGUGGGAAGAUGGUCGUGUCACCUGUUGAUGAAAAUGACGGGCAGGGAGAUGAAGAGGACGAGAUUGUGAUUACGAAAGCAAGGAGUAUGGAGUUCAUAUUGAGGACUAGGCCUGAUACGCGUGAUCGGAUUGCUUGGGAGGUUGCAAAAGUAAAAGAAAGUAGAAAGAAGAAGCGAAAGGCAGAUGACAAUGAUGUCUAUGAAGAGCCCACCGUAGAAAUCUUACCCAAACGAAUCCGUUUAAAGCCAGACGCCACGUUGGCUGACCUGAGAGAGGCUCUAAUGGAAGAGGAUUGGUUCGAGGAAGGGGUCGCUCUCAAGUUCCUUCUGAGGGGUGAUCAACGCCUCUUCUACAGUCGAGAUCAGGAGCCUGUUGUCAUCUUGGCUCAAGUAUUCGUUGAAAACGAAGGUUUCCGAACAAUACAUGUGCUGGAGAGCAAGGAGGUGAGGAAGAGAAAGAAAAGCAGAGGCAUAUCUGGGCAUCACAAAAAUGACAGUUUGAGAAAGAAAGCGUUGAGGAAUGCGAGCGCUUCGUCUCAAGUAACUGGGAGUCAAGCCAGCAUGUCUAUGUCAUACACGUCUUACACAACUGAUGUGUCUUCGUACACAGACUCGUUUUCAGACAGCGAGGAGGGCGAGUAUGGGAGUGAGACAGAACAUACACAGGAAUCAGCGUUUGAAGAUGAGAGGGCUUCUUACAGUAAUCCCUCACCUUCACAAUCUCUUUCUGGCUCUCAAUCUCAAAUUUCAGAGGAGAUAAUUGACACUGCAGAAGCACAACCUCCUACAGUUGACUCGGAUCCAAAAACAUUUAGAAAACCCACUGAUGUCACAACACCAGAAGACCAGAAAUCAGCUCACGAAGAAACAGUUGAACACGAAGAAACAGCAAAACCUUCAACUGUUGCUUCUGUUCGCUUUGAUUGUCAAUCAGAGCAAACGAAUCUCGAGGACUCCGCAAACUUUCCUACUGAGGCCGAAACUCCCAAAGUAGAUAACGAAUCACGUGACUAACAUUUCCGACACGGUUCAGAUUCUGAACUAUGAUAAUCACUAGUUAUUAAUGUUAAUGGUAUGUACUGAAUGACUACAGUCUCCGCCAUAGGUUGCUAAUUCAUUAGUCUAAUACAACUCCUGCAUCUAUUACCAAAUACAAUAUAUUGAUAUCAAA